CUAGUAAAAGCUUUUCUCCUUUUUUUCUCUCUCUUCAUUCAAUCUUCCGAUCUUAGGAAGAAAAUAGCAAAUCCUCUGAAUAUAUUUCUGUUCGAUUCAAAUUUGAUUUGAGAAAAUCUUCAUUCAGAUUCAUUGUGCUUGUGGAUGUUGUUCAUAUUUUUGUUUGUUUGGGGGUUUGGGGGAUUUUGAUUUGAUAUACAAAUGCAUUGGUCUCGGAAGGGACCAGUUUCUAUAUCAUUUGAUUGUAUUGUUGUUGGAUCUGAUGAUGAGAAGAAGAAUAUAUUUGGAUUGUUCAAGAAUUUCUGAAGAGAAUAGUAAUAAUAUUAAUCCAGCAGGACGUUGUGGCGUCGUAGUCGGCGGUGUGUUGUCAUAUAGAGUUGUGGUGGAUUGGAAUUGGGAUUGGGAUUGGGUGGAGGAAGAUGCAGCUGCACUUCUCACCUAGUAUGAGAAGUGUAACGAUAUCGAGCAGCAGCAAUGGAGGAUAUGGUGAUUUGAUGAAGAUCAAAGUCGCAGCUCGCCACUUUUCCUACCGAAAUGUUUUUCAUACCAUACUUAUCCUAGCUUUCUUUUUGCCCUUUGUCUUCAUUCUCACUGCUGUUGUUACCCUUGAAGGUGUCAAUAAGUGCUCUUCCAUUGAUUGUUUAGGUAGACGAUUAGGACCAUCGCUUUUAGGACGAACUGAUGAUACAGGGAAGCUGGUCAAGGAUUUUGUUAAGAUCCUCAAUCAAGUGAACACUGAGGAAGUGCCUGCUGGCCUGAAGCUCCCAGAGUCCUUUAGUCAACUUGUUGCUGAAAUGAAAAAUAACAAGUACAGCGCAAAAGAAUUUGCUUUGGUUCUAAAGGGAAUGAUGGAGAAAUCUGAAAGAGAGAUUAGGGAAUCAAAGUUUGCAGAGCUGACGAAUAAACACUUUGCUGCAAGUGCAAUUCCCAAAGGCAUUCAUUGUCUUUCGCUGCGGUUGACUGAUGAGUACUCCUCGAAUGCUCAUGCACGCAGACAGUUGCCUUCACCAGAGCUACUCCCUCUGCUAUCUGACAAUUCAUUGCAACACUUUGUAGUGGCCACUGACAACAUCCUGGCUGCCUCAGUUGUGGUAAAUUCUGCUGUGCAGUCAACUCUGAAGCCUGAAAAGAUUGUUUUCCAUGUCAUCACCGACAAGAAAACAUAUGCAGGCAUGCACUCAUGGUUUGCUCUGAAUCCUGUCACUCCUGCUCUUGUGGAGGUUAAAGGUGUUCAUCAGUUUGACUGGUUGACAAGAGAAAAUGUUCCCGUGCUUGAAGCUGUUGAGAGCCAUAAUGUUAUUCGUAAAUACUACCAUGGAAAUCAUGUUACAGGUGCCAAUCUCAGUGAUACAACUCCGCGAUCUUUUGCAUCCAAGUUGCAGGCUAGAAGUCCAAAGUAUAUCUCUUUGCUGAAUCAUCUUCGCAUAUAUUUGCCAGAGCUCUUCCCAAACCUUGACAAAGUGGUUUUCUUAGACGAUGAUAUUGUAAUUCAGAGAGAUUUAUCUCCAUUGUGGGACAUCGACCUUAGUGGUAAGGUCAAUGGAGCAGUUGAGACUUGUAAAGGUGAAGACGAGUGGGUGAUGUCUAAGCGAUUCAGAAAUUACUUCAACUUUUCUCAUCCCCUAAUAGCAAAGAAUUUGAAUCCGGAAAACUGUGCAUGGGCUUAUGGGAUGAAUAUCUUCGAUUUACGUGCAUGGAGGAAGACGAAUAUUACAAAUACUUAUCAUGCAUGGCUUAAAGAGAAUCUGAAGUCAAACUUGACAAUGUGGAAGCUUGGAACAUUACCUCCUGCUUUGAUUGCAUUCAAGGGUCAUGUUCACCCCAUUGACGCCUCAUGGCACAUGCUUGGCUUGGGAUAUCAGAGUAAGACCAAUAUCGACAAUGUGAAGAAGGCUGCUGUGAUUCAUUACAAUGGCCAGUCCAAACCCUGGCUCGAGAUAGGCUUUGAGCAUCUCCGUCCUUUUUGGACCAAGUUUGUUAACAGCUCCAAUGAUUUUAUCAGUAAUUGCCACAUACUGGAGUAGUCAACAGAUUUUCCAUCAAGG